AUGGCGUCAUCGGGCGUCGCACGCAACCCAGAAGUGAGGUCUCUGCCGGAAUGGGUCGGGGUUCUUGUCUUUCUCUAUCUCUCGGGGGCCAAGGCGGAAGUGACGCAUACGCCGCAGGAAGCGGGAGCGUCGGGAGCUACCAGAGGAGAGGAGACGAUGGCGAAGGUCACUUUCAAAAUCACGCUCACGUCGGACCCGCGACUGCCUUACAAAGUGUUGAGUGUGCCUGAAAGUACACCUUUCACCGCUGUCUUGAAGUUUGCUGCUGAGGAAUUCAAAGUUCCUGCAGCAACAAGUGCCAUUAUAACAAAUGAUGGAAUAGGAAUAAACCCGGCACAGACAGCUGGAAAUGUUUUCCUCAAGCACGGUUCAGAACUACGACUUAUUCCUAGAGAUCGUGUGGGAAGAUGUCAACACAUGCAAAGAUCCCUCGCAACUAGAGAAGAUAAAUAAUGGACAAACAGAUCAGUAAGCAUCCCCACCUGUGAAUGGCCUCCCUUACCAUAAUGCAGAAUUUUUUGCAACUACAUUUCCCUGUGAAAUCAUGGUGUAUUAUUAGCAGUUGACCCUGUCUACGAAGAAAAUGGCCUUGAAGUUGGAUGGACUGUCCUGUGUCUGACUAACAAUCUGUUGAAGUUUUCCUGUGAGUCAUCUAAUGAAGAGCAUGAAUUAUUUUCUUGAAUAAGGAAGACUUCUAAAUGAGAGCCUGUAGCAAAUAGCGGAUUUAAGCCCCGCCUUUGUCUCAAGGCGAGCCCACAUGGGGGAAAGAAAAAUGCUGACUCAUUCCCUCCAUAUUCGCUCAACAAAGGCUGUUCCCUUAAAACUUAACUGUUUCAUGGUAAUCGCAGCCACCACACCCACUUUUUAACAGAGUUUAAUCGCUCCCUGGUGUGGGUGAAAUUCCAGGGAAACUCUCCUUUUACCAAUGGAAAAAUACAGAAAACCUUCAAUAUGUAGUCUACACGUGAAGAGCAAACUUGGUAGUUUGAGUUGCUGAGCAAUCAACAUUGAGGCAUGUUUGCCCCAGAGUAAAAUCCCUUUUCCUGAGUUAAAAAUCCACUCAGAGACAGGUAAAUUGCAAAGAACAAAAAGAGAAAAACUUGAUUCAAAAUACUACAGACUGCUUCAGUCUGAGGUUCCCUCAGCUUUAAGUUACAGGUAAAAGGAAAAUACUCAAUGCUUUACAAAAUUAUUUCCAAAGAUCACUCCAGCUGGUGUUUCGAUUGGCACACUUUAAAAUCGUGGUUACCCAGUUGCAAGGAUAAUUCAAAAAGCACCCCCAGGUGAAAGAAACCUUUAAAAGCAUCUUUACAGGGUACAGAGACUUCUACAGAGCCCUUGGUUGGAUGAAAGGGCUUUGACUCAGUUCCUCUUUGUUACAUUACAGAUAAAAACACAAUAAACCGAUUGUAAGGAUUUGCAAAAGCACAAAAUCGAAAGGCUACCUAACACACAGUUUCCUGGCUAAACCUUUCCCUGAAGCCAAAGCCCUGGCUUUCCUCCUGAACUCACCAAAUCCAUGGUAGAGACUUCAGGCCCCUACAGAGCUCCUGGUUGCUGCCAUUGCCAGACCAGGCCAGCUGUUGUUCACCCUGCCUGGCUCCAACUGAAAACAAAGACCCCCCUCCCUCCCUUCACUUCCUGCCACCAGACCCUCUAGGUCUCGGUCACUUCCGGUUCACUCUAGGGGAGGGCUGAUCACCACAGAGCCCAUCUCUGGUAUCUGCACACAUUUGCCCCAAUUCCUUUCAAGUGUGGAAGCUCAGGAGCACAUACAGAGUUCCCCCAUUCACUUAGAUGAAGCAGACAGUCCUGUCACAUGUGAGGAGGGGUGCCCUAGGCUUCCUCUUCCAUUCAAGUGAAGAGAGACACCUGCUUGUGUGGGCUCUUUUUAUGGGCUUUGUAACCCAGCAGCUGUCCUUCAGACCCAUAGCGAACAGUUGCUCAGGUCUGGUCUGCCAGUUUGGUAUACAAGAUUAUCUCUUGAGACAUCAAGAAUGUCUUUAAGAACAUCAUAAGAACAAACCUGCUGGAUCAGGCCCAACCAAGCCCCAUCUAGUCCAGCAUCCUAUUUCACACAUUGGCCCACCAGAUGCCGCUGGAAGCCACAGGCAGGAGUUGAGGGCACGUCCUCUCUCCUGCUGUUACUCCCCUGCAACUGGUACUCAGAGGCAUCCUGCCUUUGAGGCUGGAGGUGGCCUAUAGCCCUCCGAAUAGUAGCUGUUGAAAGACCUCUCCCCAUGAAGUUAUCCAGAUCCCUCUUAAAGCCAUCCAGUUUGUUGGCUGUCACCAUAUCUUGUAGCAGAGAAUUCCACAAGUGGAUUAUACGUUGUGUGAAAAAGUACUUCUGUUUGUUGGUCCUAAAUUUCCUGGCAAUCAAUUUCAUGGGAUGACCCCUGGUUCUAGUGUUAUGUGAGAUGGAGAAGAAUUCCUCUUUAUCCACUUUCUCCACACCAUGCACGAUUUUCUAGACCUAUCAUGUCUCACCGCAGUUGUCUUUUUUUCUAAACUAAAUAGCCCCAGGUGUUGUAGCCUUGCCUCAUAAGAAAGGUGCUCUAGGCCCCUGAUCAUCUUGGUUGCCCUCUUCUGCACCUUUUCCAGUUCUACAAUGUCCUUUUUUUAGAUGUGGUGACCAGAAUUGUAUGCAGCACUCCAAGUGUGGCCGCACCAUAUUUUAUAUAAGGGCAUUAUAAUAUUAGCAGUUUUAUUUUCAAUCCCCUUCCUAAUGUUCCCUAGCAUGGAAUUGGCCUUUUUCACAACUGCGCACAUUGAGUUGACACUUUCAACGAGCUGUCCUCCACCACCACCCCAAGAUCCCUCUCCUGGUCGGUCACUGACAGCUCAGAUCCCAUCAGCGCAUACUUGAUGUUGGGGUUUUUCGUCUCAGUGUGCAUCACUUCACACUUGCCAACAUCUGUGGCUUAAUACCUGGCUCUAAGGCAAGUAAUUGAGUGUCAUUGUAUCAAUCAAAAAACAAAGUACAUGGAACUUCUCUUCUGCUGCUCCUGUCCUCCCCCCCCCCCGCUUCCCCCUCCCCCGGUCAUUUUUUCCUACUUGCACCUAUGAGGAACUCUGUACUGCAUUCCAGUAAAACUUAUUUAUUCAUUUGGA